UCUCUCUCUCUCUCUCUCCUCUUCCUCCCGUUACCCACACACACACCCCUCCGAGGCUUCGGAGAUCGAAACCCUAGGAAGGAUCUCGAAGCUUCCAUGGCGGAGGAGAAGGCGAGCUUGGCCGGGACGGGGUCGGCCCCGGCGUCGUCGUCCUCCGUUGAGGAGGAACAUUCGCUCGCCGAUCCUGUGGCCGCGGUGGAAGGGGGUGGCCCUGAGGCGUCUCCGUCUCCGUCCCCGGCCAACGCCGACGGCCGGUCGUUCUCGCAGCUCCUCGCGGGGGCCAUGGCCUCGCCGGCGGCGAGCCCCCGUCCUGCGCCGAUCGUGACUGUCCCGGUUGUCGCCGUCCCGUGCUUCCUGGCCCCGGCCGCGUUGGUCGAGUCGCAGGGAUUCUCGGGGCAGUUUGCAAUGACCCAUCAAGCUGUUUUGGCAACUGUCACAGCUCAGGCACAGAUGCAGGCACAAGCUGCAUGCCCGUCUUCAUCGAAUUCAGUGACAAAUUCAUUUCCGCAGCCUUUGCUGUCUACUGUCAGUCCUAUGCCAUUGCAACAACUGCCACCACAAACUCCCAAAAAAACACCUGGUGAUGUUUACAACUGGCGAAAAUAUGGGCAGAAGCAAGUGAAGAGCAGUGAUAAUGCACGAAGCUACUAUAGAUGCACAGAUUCCAAUUGUUCAGCUAAGAAAAAAGUUGAGCACUGUCCUGAUGGCACUGUUGUCGAAGUAAUCUAUAGAGGUAAACACAACCAUGACCCACCUCAAAAACAUAGAUACACAAGGGACAGAGGAGCCCAGUCUAGUGGACCCCCUGUAGAGAAUGAAAGUUUAGACAAUCCGAGCACUGAGCCCGAUGAAUCAGAUCCUUCAACAUGUAAGGCUGAACAGAACUCUAACAAUGAAACUCCUAAACAACAGUUGUACUGCUCAAGCGAUUGUGAAUUUGAUGCUGGGGCCAAGAGUGAAGAAGAUAUUGCCGAGGAACCAGAUCCAAAACGAAGGCUUAGUGAAAACUCAAAAAGUUCUUCAGCGCCAAUUCUUAAAACAAUUAGGGAAUACAUCGUACAGACUGAAAUUGAUGUAAGACAUUUGAGUGAUGGCUACAAGUGGCGCAAAUAUGGACAAAAAAUGGUGAAGGGAAAUCAUAAUCCAAGAAGCUACUAUAGAUGCACACACAAUGGGUGCCCCGUUCGUAAGCAUGUUGAGAGAGUCUCGCAUGAUGCAAAAGCUCUUCUUAUCACUUAUGAGGGUGAGCAUAAUCAUGACCAGCCAACCUCCAAGCCUGCCGGUGAUCCACCAUUAACCACUUCACAAAGUAAUGUUGCGGCAGGCAUGUCUAGUGAACAACUCAGUACAUCCAAUUCUUUGUCUGUCGAACAAUCCUCAAAGGAAUCAUGCCAGAAUAUUGUAGUUGAGGAAGUAGCUGGUGAUAAGAAACUUGAACUUGGAGGUGAUGGAGCAUUGGAAUCUGCUCAGGCUCUUCUAAGCAUUGGAUUCAGUUCAUCAUCCACGGAGGGCACCGGCAGAAAUAAUUCCGAGAGCAUGAAAAGCCCUAUUUUGACUGAAAAUAGAGCUGCGGCCUCGGUCCAGAACACUUGAUCGACAGGUUCCCUGCAAUUUUGGUGCAUGUUGUAGUUUACUUGCUUGCAUUGCGAGCUCUUCCAUUACUGUGUUUGCAUCUGUAUAGCCUUUGUAGUGGCAUCGGUGAUGCAACAUCACAGCAGAAAAAUCAUCUUAGGAUCGCGGUAUCCAUCUGGGGAGAGAAGAAACUGAUUUCAGCUAUGAAACAUGAUGAUAUAAUCUCUGCUUAGUGAAAUAUUUAGCUCCCUGAAUAACUGACCCAUCAACAUCAUUUGAUUGUUUGUUUGUGAGGUUGCUUGUAGUUGUCUCGGUGAGGAAGGCUUCAAGAAAUCUGGCAGAUCUGCCCACUUUUGUCACUUCUUUUUUAGUGCAAAGAAAAGCAUCACCACCA